GAGGAGCAGAAAAGAGCCGCAGAGUUUGAAGACCAGUUGCUGGAAGAGAGAAAGAGGUGUGCACGGCGACUGGAGAACUUUUCGGCUGAGCUCCUGGAAGAGAAGGCCAAGAACCUGGAGCUGCGGAAGCCGCGGCCCUUGGAGCUUCAGCACCAGGCCCAGGAGGCGAAGUUGCUGGCUGAGCUGAACGAGGCGAAGAGGCAGACAAGGGCCUACGAGCGCGGCUGGAAGCAGGCUAUGCUGGAUGCAAAGGAUUUGGAGAGCUUGCUGACAAAAGAGAGGCAGCAGAGGCAGUUGUUCAGUGACUUCGUGGAGGAUCUGGAGAAGCGGUGCUGGAUGGUGCAGAAGGACCUGCGUCUGCAAAACCUCCCGGAAGUGCUCGCAACGGAGCGCCAGCAGAGGGUGCAGGUGACCCAGCGAGCGGUGGAUUUUGAAGACCGCUGCGAGAAGCUGCAGAAGUCCAUUGAUGACCUGUCAAUCUACACCGAGAAGUUGAGCAUUGAAAGCGCAAACGGCACUGUGGCCCUUCGGCGUGCCAACGAGUUGGAGGACCAGUACGAUCAGCUGUGUUCCUACGCAGAGUCGCUGGAACAAGAGCUACGCCGCAGCAAGCGGACUAUGAUGAUGCUGGAUGACAGCUGUGCUGGCUUGGAGCAGAAGUUGGCAGACCAGACCACCAAUGCGGUGGAAGUUUUAGCUGGCCGGUUGAAGGUGAAGCUCCGUUACGCGGGGCUGCGGUGCUUUUUUGCGUGGCAUCAGUGGCUGAUCUUGGAGAAGGCGCAGAAGUGGCGGGAGGCAGAGGCGGCUCGCAUCUUGGAGGAGUCAGAGGCCCACGCGCUCCGCCUUCAAGGCAGAGCAUUGAGCGCUUUUCGCAUCUCGAAGCACAGAGCCAUCGGUCUCGAGAACGUUGGUGAAGUGCUUUUCCACUAUCGGAUGAAAAUCAUGCAGGUGCAUUUGUUCAUGUCUUGGCGCUUGCACUGCAAGGCCGAGACCUUUUCCAAAGCCUGGUACAAGCACAAGACGGAGAUCCAGGAAGGGAGGCAGCAGGCUAUCCGACAGGCCUUGGAAGAGGCAGAAGCGGUCACGCUGGAGGAGACGAUGCCAGCUAUUCCAACUGUCUCCGAUAUCCAACCAGAUGCUGGAGAGGAGGAGCCUGGAGCACAGAUAGCUGCACUGCACGCAGUGCAGGAGGCUGCUGCUCAGGAUGCUCAUGCUCGAGCGCUCCGGCGCGCCGAUGAGGAGGCAGAGCUGCGGGGGAAGCAGGCGCAGGGCGCUGCAGACCGGCUGCGCUUGGCCCAGCUAGAAGCGCGGGAGUGGCUGGCUGCGGUGGAGGCUGCCAAGCUGCAGCUGCAUUCUGCACAAACCGCCGGCGGCGGCAAGAGCCCCGAGGACUUGGCACAAGCUGUUGAAGAGGCAGCGGAGUAUUUGCGGGAAGUCGAGGCUGCCAAGGCACGCGCAGACGAGGAGGUGGAGCAGUUGAAGAAGGCUGCAGAAGCGGCUGAUCUUCAAGCACGGACUGCCAAAAAUGCACUCGAGCAGGCGCGGCAGGCGGCAGCUUCGCUGCGGGCGAAGGCAGAAGCGCGGGCGACAGAGGCGGCCAAGGUGGCAGCACGUGCCAAAGCCGCUGCGGAUGCUGAGCGGCGGGCUCAGCAACGUUCGCAGGCGGAAGCAAAGCGAAAAGAGGCAGAAGCAGCGGCCGCCAAAGUAGCGGCAGCCAAGGCGGCGGCCAAAGCAGCUGAAGCCGAAGGUGCAGCGGCUGGAAGCCAGCAAGUUGAGACUGAGGAAGCUCAGGACAUCGACAAGAGACGGCAAGAGGACGAGGAGGCCAGGCAGGCUGAGGAGAAGCGGCUUAGGCUGGAGAAGGAAGCUCAGCAAGUUGAACGCCGAAGACUGGAGGAGGAGGAAGCCAAGCGAGCCGAAGAAGAGAGCCGUGCACGGCGCAAAGAGGAAGAGGCAAGGCGAGCCGAGGAAAAGCAACGUAGGCGACUUGAGGAGGAGGCAAGACGCGCGGAAGAAGAACUGAGGAGAAGACUCGAGGAGGAGGCUCGCCAGGCGGAACAGAAGAGACGCGAGAAGGAGAUGGACAUGGAGCUGGAAGAGGAAAGGCACAGGAAGCGUGAAGAGGAGUUGGAAAGGGAUCGCCAGAAAGCGGAGGAGCUGGCGGACCGCAUGCAAGCUGAGAUGCGCAAGGAGCUGCUCAACAUGUGCGUGGAGAUGUGGCAGGAGGUAGUGCGUGCCGCUGCAGCGGCGAGGCAGCGCGAAGAGGCCAAGAGAAAGCAUGAAGAAGAAGUGAAGCGAAUGAAGGAGGAGGCAGUCGCAAAGGCUGAGCGUGUUGCCGAUUCCGUUGCCGAGAAGAUGUACAGGCAACUCUGUGAAGAGCUGUUGAAAGAGAUAUUUGAUGAAUGGCACCAGGAGUUUAAGAAAGCGGCUGCACGGAGGAAAGAAGAGCUUGCAAAGAAGCAGUACGAGGAGGAAAAGCAAAGAUUGCACGCUGCAAGAGAGGCCGAGGCCUUGAAAGCCAGAGAGGCGCAGGAAGCGCAUGAGGCGCAGAUGAGGAAGAUGCAAGAGGAGGCAUCAGAGCGAGAGCGUCAACAUGCUGAAGCAGAACGGCAGGCCUUGGAACUUCAACGGCAGAGAGAGGUCGAGCAGGAGGCAAUGCAGCGGGCCGAGGAGCUUCGCCGGGCAGAGGCUUUGGAGCGAGAGCGCGAGCUCGAACGCAAGCUGGCCUUGGAGCGCGAGGCCGAGAGGCAGCGCGAGCUGCAACGAGCUGAGCACGAGGCCGAGGCAAGGCGCCAGCGCGAGGUUCGAGAUCCUGAGGCCUUGACCGAUUUGCAGCUAAGACGAGAGCGAGAAGCGCGCGAGGCACUGGAGGUCCAGCAACGCGAAGAGCGCGAGGCCUUGCAGCGACAGCGAGAUGAGCUGGAGCGCCAGCGACAGGCAGUAGAGCGAGAGGCUGCAGAGGCAUUGCGCAGAGAGCGUGAGGAGGUGCAGCGGCAGCGCGACGCAGCUGAGCGGGCUGAGCGCGAGGCCCUGCAGCGCCAACAGCAACUUGCCUCUGUAGAGCGAGAGGCCCUGGUGGAGCAGAUCAAAGUAGCGCGUCAGCAGCAGACUUUUGAGAUGGAGCUACUGAGAGAGCAGGUGGCACGCGCCGAGGAUGACCGCCGCACGCAGCAGGUGGAGUUACAGCGGCUAAAGGAAGAGGUGACCAAAGGCUCAGUCUACCAGGAAAUUCUGCAGCAGAUCAAGCUGACCCCUGCCACUAUGGUAACACAGCCUCCAGAAAGCCCAGUCGCGGUGCACGAACACGAGCCCUCGCGGCGUCGCUAUGAAGUCUACGAGGCGAGUGCCACGCAGACAGCGGAUGUCACUACGCGGAGCAUAUCAGUUGAGGCGGUGCCGGAGCUGCCGGCGCGGCCGGCGAGGCCUUCGGCGCGGGCCAUGGAGCUGGGCCAGGCCCAGGCGGAUAUGCUUGAGCGCAUGCUUCUCAAGGCUGUCCUCCGAACCUGGCAAGCGGCUGUGGACGGAUUGAGGCCAUCAGAGUCGAGAGUGCGUGAAGUACCUUGGCAGACACCCGAGGAGCUGUUCCUUCCUCCACCGCGCAGUCAAAAUUGGGCCUUGAGCGCCGCAAUGGCAGCCCGAGGUCUCGAGAAGUGGUCAGAGGAGACAGAGACAGAGGUCGGCCCGCUGAAUGACAUGGACCUCUACGAAGCGAGUGCUCGAGCGCACGCAACCUUUGCAACCUGGGCAGUCAGCUCAAGCAAGCGCCACAUGAGGGCUGCCUUCGGACAGCCGCCAGAGCAAUCCCCAGAGGACCAGGCUGCAGAAGAAGCAGUUCAGCGGGCAAGCCAGUGGAUCUCUCAAGAUGUGAAUCAGGAGCUGGAGCAGAUUGCCAUGCAGCCUUUGUCCUCAUGGCCGCCGCCGCUGCUUCCUCCCAAACCGAUCCUGCCGGGAGAUUUCGGCUGGGAAGACCGUGUCCAACGCGUUGCGCAGCCGAGACGGCGUUUGUUCGGAGAGCCAGCUGAAAAUGAAGAGGUUGAGGACGUCUUCGAUGUGCAGAGCGACGGCUUGUUCACUAGCUUUCGCCCAGCGCCAAGGGAAGGCACGGAGUCCUCCACGAGCGAAUUCCUGGCACGAGCUGAGAUUGGCCUGGGACUUGCGCCCUCUGAGACGCAGCCGCCAGCAGCCUCACCUCAGCGACCACAGCCGGGUCAUCUUGCCUUCAGGUGAGUGCCUGAAAAUCGAAGGUGGGAAUUCUUGAAACGGCU